CUACGCCCCACCAUCAGCAUGUACGCUCCGCUACUCGAGGUCACGAUCCUAUCAUCGUUUGACGCGAAGGCCGCGCGCCAGGCGAAGGCUGCUUGUAGCGGGGUAGACGGUCUGCAGCGGGCGUACAUCGGACAAGAGAUCGAGGAUCCCUCGCAGGGUUACUGCGCGCUUCAAUGGGAAUCCCUGCGCGCUCGUGAUGCCUUCCUGCGCAGCCCCGCAUACGAGGCGCACGCGCGGCAUCUCACCGUGCAGCGCGGCCCCUUCCUAGUUACUCUCUCGGAAGACGACCGCACCGCCUGCGAUGCUAUCUUCUCCGCGCCUAUCCAGAAAUUCGGCUUCCUCCAGGCGAGCACGCACCUCGGCAGGGUGAAGGUGCGCGAAUUGCUCGCGCUCAUGCGCUCCGGGCGGCAGGAGCGCCAGACCAAGAAGGAGAUCAUCGGCGAGCUGGACGCGGCGGUCGUGGAUAAUGCGGACUGCCGCGUGAUCAUGGAUGGCUGGGAGUCCGUUGAGCAACAUCACGCGUAUGUGGGCCGCGCAGAGAACAAAUCUUUCCUGGCCGAUGUUAUUUCUGUGUUGGAGUGGGCCUCAUCGAAGCAUGCCAAGGAGGUUUCGGCUUGAGGCAAAGGGCGGGUGAAAAUGACACUAGUUGCGGCUACCGGAAGUGCGAAUCCAAUCGUAUGCGCCGAGCUUGCUGUAUCCUGGUGCACAUAUCCUUGCCAGUGAGUCGAGGUCUGCUCCUCGAGAAGUUGUGAGAUGUGCCUCUUGCCUACCACCGGACAGCAGUGUGUCUAAUACCGUUUGAAACUUUCAUCAUCCUACCACGGGCUUGC